CAGCAGCAGCAGCAGCAGCAAACAGAAACAGCAGCAGCACAGGAGGGAAGGAGAGAAAGAGAAAGACAGAGAGGUAGAGUUUGGAGGGUGGGUUGUAGUCUCAGGAACAAAAGCUGCAGAAAAACCGCUUUCCAUAUCCACUAAAAGAACAACGGAGGAGUAAAACACGGAGGAGGAGGUAAUAGUAGUAGUGACAUACUAGCAGAAGAGAAGAAGCAUAUUGUAGUCAGUGAAGGCUGAAACCAAGGCUGCUCUCUUCCCUGCUCUCCAUGUUUUUGGGGACUCAGCGUACCAUUGCUUUCGUCUCCUAAUCCAGAGGAGGAUGUCUGUGUCAGGGAAGAAGGAGUUUGACGUGAAACAGAUCCUCCGGCUCCGCUGGCGCUGGUUCAGCCAUUCAUCCCAAGGCUCUGCUGGUAAUGGAGGGGGUGGUGUUGGUGGCGUGGGAGGCUUCAUCCAGCAGGAUGGCUUGGACCACAGAGGAACAGCUGUCCAGGGAAGGCUGAAGAGCCACUCACGGGAAAGAGGCGUUGGAGGACUACGAAAGACUAACAGCCCGGUCCACAGCAUCUUGGCGCCAAUGCCAGGCCCCACUCCAGUCUAUGUCAGAACGGGUCAUCAAUCAUGGCAUCAUCAGCCGAGCACGAUCCAAGGCCUCCAGGUCAGUGAGGAGUCUUCAAAGAGCAGUUCCUCUCCCAGCGCCACAAGGAAAGAGGAAACAAAACCUGGCCAGGAAGAUGUGAAAAGCUGCACAGAGGAACCUGCAGAGGUGGAGGCAAAAGAGAGGUUGGUUCUGAGCAAUUUCUCCAGAAUGAACUCCUCUGACGAGUUUUUCCAGGCUGCAAAUCAUGCAGAGCAGACCUUUCGUAAAAUGGAGACCUACCUCCAGCACAAGCAGCUGUGUGAUGUUCUAUUAAUCGUAGGAGAUCACAAGAUACCAGCUCACAGACUGGUCUUGAGUGCUGUUUCGGACUACUUUGCCGCAAUGUUCACCAGUGAUGUCAGAGAGGCAAAGCAAGAGGAGAUAAAGAUGGAGGGAGUUGAUCCCGAGGCCCUCAGAUCCCUGGUUAAUUUUGCUUACACAGGUGUCCUUGAGCUGAAAGAGGAGACCAUUGAGAGUUUAUUAGCGGCCGCUUGCCUCCUCCAGCUUUCACAAGUCAUCCAGGUCUGCUGUAGCUUCCUCAUGAAACAGCUUCAUCCCUCCAAUUGCCUUGGAAUACGAUCCUUUGCGGAUGCCCAGGGCUGUGUGGACCUGCUGAAUGUGGCUCACAACUACACCAUGGAACACUUCCUGGAGGUCAUUCAGAACCAGGAGUUCCUGCUGCUCCCCACGGCUGAGAUUGUUAAGCUGCUCUCCAGUGAUGACAUCAACGUUCCUGAUGAAGAAACAAUCUUUCAAGCUCUGAUGAUGUGGGUGAGAUAUGAUGUCCAGCAUCGACAACAGGACCUUGGGGUCCUUCUGGCCUACAUCCGCCUGCCUCUUUUACCCCCACAGCUUCUGGCAGACCUGGAAAACAACAAGAUGUUCUCUGAUGAUCUGGAGUGUCAAAAGCUGCUGAUGGAGGCCAUGAAAUAUCAUCUGCUGCCUGAACGACGUCCCAUGUUUCAGAGUCCAAGAACCAAACCAAGAAAAUCCACCGUGGGUGCCCUUUAUGCUGUGGGAGGGAUGGAUGCCACCAAAGGCUCUACCACCAUUGAGAAGUACGACUUACGAACAAACACCUGGGUCCAGGUUGGAGUCAUGAAUGGCCGGCGGCUCCAGUUUGGCGUGGCAGUGAUAGACAACAAGCUGUAUGUAGUGGGAGGGAGAGAUGGCCUGAAAACGUCUAACAUGGUGGAAUGCUACAAUCCUAUCAGCAAGGUGUGGUCCACCAUGCCCCCAAUGUCAACACACAGACACGGACUCGGCAUUGCUGUGCUCGAGGGGCCCAUGUAUUCUGUGGGAGGACAUGAUGGCUGGAGUUAUCUCAACACAGUGGAGCGGUGGGACCCACAGGCCAGGCAGUGGAACUAUGUGGCCAGCAUGUCGACUCCACGGAGCACUAUGGGAGUCACAGCUCUCAAUGGAAAACUGUUUGCAGUUGGUGGUCGUGAUGGCAGCUCGUGUUUGAGGUCGAUGGAAUGCUUCGAUCCGCACACCAACAAGUGGAGCAUGUGUGCACCCAUGGCGAAGAGGAGAGGAGGUGUGGGUGUAGCAACCUACAACAACUUCCUGUAUGCUGUGGGAGGACAUGACGCCCCCGCUUCCAACCACUGUUCGAGACUCUCUGACUGUGUUGAGAGGUAUGAUCCAAAGACAGACACGUGGACCACUGUGUCGUCACUCAGCGUUCCCCGGGAUGCGGUGGGGGUUUGCCUGCUGGGUGACCGGCUUUACGCAGUGGGUGGAUACGAUGGCCAGUCAUAUCUGAAGACUGUUGAGUCCUAUGAUGCACAGAACAACGAGUGGACUGAGGAGGUCCCUCUCAACAUUGGAAGGGCGGGCGCCUGUGUGGUUGUGGUAAAACUGCCUUGAGCGUUUUGUCGCACUACAGCAUGAAGAGCAAACGAGAGCGGCACGCGGAGUGGACAAACAAAACAACAAAUUGAGGACACAUCCUCUGAGAGUCAUGUUUUCAUUUUUUCUCUACUUUAACUCUGCUCUCCAGAUUUUUCAGAGGAAAACACAGAGAGGGUUUUUCCCACAAACCAUUGUUCCUAUCAUUAGUGGACAUAUCUGCCCACUAGGGAGGAUUUGUUCUGAAACUGGAAUGCAAUGCACACUCUUGACAUUCUUGACCGAUCAAGAAUUUUCAUAGACUUACUAAGCUGUAAGAAACCAGCAUCAAAGCUUUGUUGUACUUGUUUGUUGCAAUAAUUUCAAGAAACUUAUUUCAGUGUUGUAAAGUAAAAAAAAAAAAGCUAAGAGUUACAUUUUCAGAUAAUAAACCCAUCCCCAGUUUAGUUUACAAUUUUACAUACACAUUUAUUACUAGUGCCAUUCCAUACAGUAUAUUUUGGGCUUGGUAUGUCUCUUAAUAGCUUCUAUAAGAAGAAUUUCUGUAAUGCUGUACCAGUGUCUUUGAUAUGAACAUUGAGGCUGCUGAGUUUGCCUGGCUGGUAUGAAGUUAUAAAGAAAAAGCCUGUAGCCACUGAACACCAAAGUCAUGCACCUGUCUUGGAAGUCUUGUAACACAUUACGCAAAGGUUUACAAGUUUGUGAAUCACUGAAAAAUAUAUCAUAUUGAUAUUUCACACUGCUGUACAGAUUUUUGUCAACUUGCUGAUACCACAUUUGUAUGUAAAACAUCAUGCUCAAACCAACCAGUACCUUCUGAUGAGUACAGACUGCAUUAUUCUUUUGGCUUUACUCCUGGAGUUGCUAGCAGAACAGUUGUUUAGAUUCACACAAUUAAUGCGUAUAUACAAAAAGAUGAUUUUACUGCCCCAUUGCUCAUGUUUGUUAUCCUAUCUUAAACAGCUGAACCUUUGGAUUACCCUUUGGUAACACCAACAUAACCUGUGGAACCAGAUGCAUCGAUGUGAAUCUAACAGCUAUUGUUAUACAUUUUUACAUGCUGCACAAAGAGACCUGAUUUCCACAGCAGUUUUUACAUUUGUAGUUUGAUGACCUGCUCGAGAAAAUGAAAUAAUACUAGUUUUGUUCACAAAAACCUAUUUCUAACUGUAAUUGAAACACAUCUGGUGGCCAAAUGUUACCUUACAUGUUUUUAUCAUAAUUUUGUACAGCAUGAAAACCGAGAAAUAAAAUGACUUCAGUCCUCUCUGCAUGAUCAAAUCCAUGUUUUCAGCUGUGCGCGUAUGGUUUAGAUUCUUUAAUUCUCUUUUGUGUGCUGUGGGCAAACAUAACUGGCUCCGUAUCUAAACAUGCUCGGACACCAACCAUCAAGUCAGUAUUAACCAUAGUUUUGUUCUCAUUGCAGCAGCCCUUUCUUUGUUGGUAUCACUGUUUUUCUGCUCUCUCACCAACAGACUGCAUACCAAUUGCUUCUGCUGCACUUAAUUUUUUUACCCACUUUUUGUUUACCCUCUAAAUAGCUUCCCUUCUUCACCCUCCUCCAACUUGUUUGGU